AUGAGCGCCAAUGCAAAGCUUGCACGCACUCUAGCAAGAUUCGAGGCUAGAAUCGAGAAUCAAGAUUUUUAUGAGGCGCAUCAAACUCUUAGAACGAUUGCUAAUAGAUACGUCAGAAGCAAGAACUAUCAGGAGGCAAUUGAUUUGAUUACACAAGGUGCACAAUCUUUCUUAAGAGCAAAGCAAGGAGGUUCAGCAACCGAUUUGAUAUUCUAUUUAUUGGAAGUUUACGAUACUGCACAAGUUAAGGCCGAUGACGCUUCGGUGUCAAGAUUAAUUCAGCUUUUAGUUGCCAUCGACCCUGAAGAACCAAAUCUCAAAGAUGUUGUUACCGGUAUGAACAAUUGGUCUGUUAAAUUUGGUGACUACAAGUUUGGAGAUCCUUAUUUACAUGCGGUGAUUGGCUCCAAAUUGAUUGAUGGAGGGCAUGUUUAUGAAGCCGAAAGGUACUUGGUUUUGGGUACGCAUGAUUCCUGCGAAAAAUACAUCACCCUGGUAUGGGAAUGGUUUGAACAAACUAAUGACCUGGCCACUGUCGGUGAGUUUUUCUCCCGCUUGGUCUUCAACUACCUGUUCAUCAGUAAUCUCCAGUCAGCCUACACUGCAAAGGACCAAUUCUUACAGAAGCUGAUCGAAAAGUAUUCCCCUAAACACGAAGAAAUCAAUAAAGAUGGCUUUCGCAUGUACUACUUUGAAAGUCACUCUGACUUGAACUUUCUACAACUACUGCUCUUAACAUGUCAAACAAAAGAUGCAGGUCUCUACAACAACUUGAAAUCGCAUUAUGCAGGCUCAAUAGAGAAAUACGCAACUCAAUUGGACUUUUUAGGCCAAGAGUAUUUUGGCAUCAAGGUACAAAAGCCGGUGAACUUUAUGCAGGAUAUCCUUUCAGGUAUUUUGGGCGGUAAAUGA